AUGGGCUCCUUCGUCUCCAAGAGCUCCAAGGCCGCCGCCGCCUCCUCCUCCUCUUCUUCCUCUGCCCACCCAGAGGGCAAGCCGCGGUACUGGUACCGAGACAACUUCUUCCUCACCACCGACAAGGCCUACCUCGAGCCCCAGGCCGUCAACGCCGUCUUCGAAUCCGACCUCAUGUGGUGGAACGACCCGCUGCCCGAGGAGCAGAUGCGCAAGAUGCUCGCCAAUUGCAUGACCAUUAGCGUAUACCACGUUCCCGAGUCGGAGAAGCAGAUGCAGAACAACGGUCCGCCGAAACGCCCGUACGGAUCCAACAUCAGGCUCGUCGGCCUCGCCCGCGUCAUCACCGACUACGUCACCUUCGCCUACCUCACCGACGUCUUCAUCAUCGAGGAGUUCCAGCGCCGCGGCCUCGCCAGCUGGAUGAUGCGCGGCCUCAAGGAGGUCGUCGACGAGUGGCCCAACCUGCGCGGCCUCGUCCUCAUGACGCACGACAAGUCCGCCGCCAAGAUGUACCAGCGCGAACUCGGCGCCCUCGACUGGGACCAGGGCCCGUCCGCCGGCCUGGUGCUGCUGGAGAUGCCCGGCGGGGGCGUCAAGGAUGUCCCGGAGGAUCACAAAUGA